AGUGCUUGUGACACGAAAAAGCAUGUUUAUUUCAUAAUACACGCGGUAUUUUAUGCUCCUGAAUGAUAUGGACCGCUUGGAUGUGUGUGGAAGCGAUCGCUAUAUUUAUUUAGUUUUUUUAAUCCCGCGCCAGGAAAAUGAGUGACUUCCGGCUUCGGUCUCGCAUUGAGGAGGAGGGCGCUGUGACGUGUACGGUAGAAGACGUCCUCUUCACGCUACAGUGUACUGUUGUGUAUGAGGACGAAGGAUUCAGCUGAUUUUGCGGAUGAAUACUUUUAUUUUUUGCAUCACGCCAGCCAAACGGCUGCAGAAAAAUCAUUCUGUAUGCGGGAGAGGCGUAUGCGCCUAUUUGGAGUUUCAAAAGGUUCCCAUUCACCGUGGAUAUUUACUGUGGGACCAUUGGACUUACAAGGAAGUAACUAUUGAUGGAAGUAUUCGGCACAGCAGAGGUUGAACUCUUGGGUGGGGGUGAAGGGCUCCGUGAUGACAUGUCGGCAAUUGACUGGUCACCUGAUCAUCUCCAAGAUGAUAUGUAUCCAGCGUCAGGAUUGGCUGUGGCUGCAGCUUAUCAUGACAUAAAGACUCGGCUUGCCAGUUUGGAGAGGGAGAACAGCAGCAUCAAGAGAAAACUCAAGCACUACGAGCUCAAGUUUCCAAUGAUCAACACGUUUGGAGAAGACAGAGCAUACUUUUCUUAUCAGCCUAUUAUUAAAGAUAACAAUAUCGCCCAAUCGGAGACAUCCAACCUGCAGCACAGGAUUAACUCUCUCACCCAAGAGCUUCAGAAGAGCAAGGACAGAGAGGAGCAGUUAGAGGACGUCAUUCAAGCCUAUGAGAAGAUUCACAUCGAGAAAAGCAAUAUCCAGAGAGAUCUUGACAAAAUGACCACUCUAGCAGAGCAGCAUAUGGAGCGAAUCUGCAGUCUGGAGACAGCUUUAAGACAAAGAGAAACUUCCCUUCAAAAACUAAACGCUAAACUCCGUGAUAAAGAUGAACAUCAAAGCCAACCACAUGCCAGUCUAGUUGUACCCAGAGAGGGGCGCCUGCAAAUGCUGCAGAGCUCCCGCAGUCUGGACGCUCUCUCAGACCUCAAAUUGCAGCGUCUCGAAGCUGAGUUGGAAGGAGCACUGCAUCAGGCUGAAGGAGCGUGUCAUAGAGAAAAAGAGCUGAGAGCGGAGCUUCAGAGAUUGCAGAAGGAAGUUGUCCAGCUACAAGAGGUGCAGAGACACAAAGAGGAGUUGGCCCCCCACUGUGAGCACUGUGAUGUAGAAUGGAUCAAAAAAGCUGGGGAUGAACAAGUUAAUCUUGCAUUGGCCUACACCGAGCUGACAGAGGAGUUGGGUCAAGUCAGAAAAUUGGCUGCAAAACAGAGCGACCUUCUACAUCAAAUCCCACAAGAAGCCAUUUGUCGUCCUCCUUCUGCCCCUCAGCGUUUCUCCCCUACAUCCCCCCAGUCUACUUCCCUAAACCCUGAGAGGCUGCUGGCCUCACCCCCACCUCCCUUGCACAACGGUCCCGCCUCCUACUCCCAUCACCCAACCAGCAGCAACCUUCGGGCAAAGUUCCAGGGUCGACGUAGUUACUCUGAGGUCUCUGAUCCAUCAGUCAUUCAGAGAAUGCCUCCUCGCCUUAUGAGAGACCCCGUAUCCACCCUGCCCAAGCCCAGGUCACUUUAUGGGGAGACGCAUACAUAUGGACAAUCCAAAUCGCAUCUCCGGCGCCCUUUGACAAGCCUGGUCCGACCCGCAUCAGCUCAUGGAGCUGGUGGGGACCGAAGAGUGAGAUCAGAGAGAACAGGGGGCAGCAGUCUGAGCAGCAGUCCUCAUCACCAUGCCCUGGAACUGGGUUUCCCUUUGACUACUGAGGUGCAUCAUUUCUGUCACCUCGAUGAUCAACCAGAGCCCACCCCAUUGGUGACACCCCCACACUCAUCAGAUGAUGAAGAGGAUGUAGGCACGUACCUCUCCACGGCCACCAGCCCUCCUCGAACACUUGGAUCCUUAUCACUGAGGGAAACAAUACUCCACCCCUCGUUCUUGACUCCGAGGAAACUUGGUCAAAUUCCAUCUUUCUCAGCCCCAGAGGGUCCCACCACACUCUCCUGCCAUCUGCCUGACUACAUUAACACUGAGCAUGCCCAGUCCUGGCCCUCCAUCAAUUUAUGGAUGGAGUCGGACGAGAGUGCUGUGCGAAGCUGUCCUCUCUGUCAGCUGACCUUCCCAACUGGUUACCCAGAUGAUGCCCUGAUAAGACACAUCGAUUCACACUUGGAGAACAGCAAGAUCUGACUACCCUUAUGAACAUAAUUUUUAAUUAGACUUUGGUUCAUCUGUAUAAGUGGGGCUCCAGCAUUAAAAAAAAACCAAUCUGCUAAUUCCUGGUGGGACUAAAUUACAUUAUAAAUAUAAUAUUUUUUUUGUUGAAAUGAAAUUUUCCCUAAUUUAUGAGUCAGAUUUAGAAAAGAGUUGCUUCUAUUCAGAAGGGAAGCUCUAUCGGUGUUUUUUACCAGAUCAGUAUGAAGAAAGCAGAUCUUUCGUGUAUAUAGGUGAAAUUUUUGGUUAUUUUUGGUUACUCUGAGUUAAAAAAAAAGUUACUUCUUGAAGCAAUGAAAACCAACAAACAGGUCUGGGCAAUAUAUACCUGGAAAUGAGAAGAGUAUCCAAAUGGAACCAAAGUCAAGAAUAAAUAUGCGCAGCAUUUCUUUGGCAAUAGUUAUUUGAAGAAAGUGAGACGGAACAGCUAUUGCAAAAAAGCUACUUGUAACUUCCACUUAAUGAUGUUCUAAGUUAAAGUGCCUUGGUUUAGUCUAAAAAUUCACCUUUAGUUGGCGUCAUUUCAAAGUGAUUUUUGUGGGGGGCCAUAACCAACUAUGACCGAACAUCCGUAGGUACUGCACUCGGAACAGUUGUAAAUUUAUGAAAGAAGUUGAGCUUGAAAAUGACAUGUCUUUGUGCGGUGUUAUGUUCAAUGUUCACAAUAACACACUGCAUUCAUGUCUUUAGAUUAGGAUUCAGUAAAUUGUAGGGAAAUGCAGUUGGUGCUGCUAGACUAGAUUGCUGUAUUUUCUUUUACUCAUUGCUGAUGCUGUUACAAUUUAAAAAAAACUUUCAAAAGUGUAUUGCAUUAUUUAGUAUGUGAUAACGUCACAACAAUAAUGGUAAAGUGUGUACUAUUACUUAUUCCAGCUGUUUGUUCCAUAAACGUUGUGUACCACUAUACUUCCUUUAUAAGUACUAAAGAAAUAAAUGUGUCAAUAUUGUACAUGUGCAGUUGUCCAAGGUCUAUUACUCAAUGAUGCAGAAAUAACCCAAAGUGACUGACCAGGGGUCUUUGGGAAAAACUGUCAUUGUCAGUCCCCACACUCAACCAUUAGGGAAACAGGAACGAAUAUAAUUAUACAUACAGUGGUAUGAAAAAGUAUUUACUUUUACUUUUGGAAUUUCUCACAUUUCUGCAUUAAAUCACCAUCAAAUGUGAUCUCAUCUUUGUCAAAAUCACACAGAUGAAAAAAACGAGGAUAGUAUGUAAACAAUGACAGAAGGGGGGAAAAAAUAAGUAAGUGAACCAUCACAUUUAAUAU